AUGCCGUACCUACCUGAUGGCACGAUGAAUAGCGGCUCGGGCGGUCACAAGACCGCCCUUACAGGGCAGCAUACUGCAGCACCUAAGCCCCUGCCUCCUCUCGAUAUGAGUGACAGCAUCAAAUACAUCCCUUCACAGAUGGACCCGCUUGCCUGCGCGUCGACGAGAGCUGCUCGUCAAGACCCAAUACGGCUGAUGAUCGAUGAUGCAGGCGUUUUACUCAGGCUGCUUCCUUAUGUGCCGGACCUCAUCUCACCUUUCUUGACCAGAGACAAGGAUGCUGAACUCUAUCCGAGUCUCGCGAAUGCAAAGGUCGGAUUCUUGCAAACACUGCUCGCCCUGAUCCAGGUGCUGUUUCUGGUAAUGGCCCUUCCCGCCUUCGUGUUGCUGCCUGGCGGCGUCUUCCUUGCUGCCACAGUAUUGUGCUGUUUGGCUUGUUACCUCAUCACCUUGCCCAUGCAAGGACCGCCACGCAUUCUCCCGAAUAUGGACGAUGGCACAAAGUCUCUGGCGGAGCAGCACAAGAACGAACGCUGGGUAUUUGUUAAUGGCAUAUGUACCGGACACUCGACCUCUCAGCUUGAGGUUGACCGCCUCUCGAAGACCUUCGGACGAGCCGUUAUCGGCAUUCACAACAAAAGUUAUGGUAUACUUGCCGAUCUUGGAAUGUGUCUGAUCCAACGAGCUGUUUCAUACCACGACUCGGGCGUUCGCUUGACCUACGCUUAUCUCAAAGCCAUCCUCGUCGACCCCACGGUCACGAAGGUUGUCCUCAUUGGCCACUCCCAAGGCGGUAUAAUCGUCUCCCUGGCGAUCGACGACCUACUUGCACAGCUACCCACUAGAACCAUGUCGAAACUCGAGGUCUAUACAUUCGGUUCCGCGGCUUCACAUUUUUCGAAUCCAUCCCUCGCGCUCUUGUCCAAUCCUUCUAUCAAUCAGCGCGGUGAUCAAACAUCACUACAGAUAUCUCAAUCCAAAGCCGACCCCGCCGAUGCCAAUCAGGGCCAACAUGUUAUUCCUCAUAUGGAGCAUUAUGCCAACGAAUACGAUCUGGUCCCUCGCUGGGGUGUACUUCAUUCCGUACAGGAUGUACUUCAUACCCGCUAUGCUGGCUCGGUAUUUGUCCGAAUGGGAGGCUCAGGUCAUAUGCUGAACCAGCACUACCUCGAUCCCAUGUUUCCCCUGUCAAAAUGUCAAAUGCUGGGAGCCAAAGAGAAAAGAGGCAUAAAAUGGAAGUCUGGAGGGGAAAUCGCUGGUGACAAUGAAGCUAAAGUCGAAGAUAAGUUCGAUGAACGUUUUCUCGACCGGAUUGUUACCCCUGACGAGAGGUUGGCUAUGCAAAGAGAUUUCACGGCAAUUGCGGGCCUUGUGAAGCGCGAGACCGGUCUUGAAUUUGGCACUGGGCAGGUCGUCAAGGAUCCGUACGGGCUAGGCAAUCGUAAAGAUGCCAAUGGUGAUGAUUGCUUGACUUUUAAAAGGACGGCUAGUGACAGGGUUGUGGCUGAGGAAGCGAGGGGCAAGACCGUAAAGGACUUGAGUCGCCUUUGGAAGUAUGUUGGAGGGGAGUCGCCCAUUGAUCACGAACAUGAUGAGUACAGAUACCAUGAACAACCACCCCACAGGCACCGCAAGCACCACCACGACCACCAUAAUCAAAGGAAAGCUGACCGGGAAUCGGGGGAUGGGCCGGUGCUCGAACAGCCAAAGUCGCCCGUUUCAUCGGUAUUCGACCGCCCAGAGUCACCGCUCACUCAUCCAAGUCCCGCCACUGACGAGCAAUUCUUCUACGAAAACACGGGCAACACGCCAGGGGUCCCAGGACCUCAAUUCAAUCUCGUUGAGCCGGUGCUGGUGGGAAAGCCCUUUUGA